UUCUUUUCAGUUUUCACUAUAUAACCUCUGCUCCUCCUCUCUUCAUUUCUCAUUCCUUUCCCAUUCUUCAUUCACACACCUUCAGACACUGAGACACAAGCUCAUCCUAUAUAACACAGUCCCUAGCCAAUUUCUCACAAGUACAAAAUGGCUGCUGCACUUUCGAUGCUCGAAUCCAACUACGAAGCAGACAAGCUCACUUACGAAAUCUUCUCUAUUCUAGAAAACAAAUUCCUCUUCGAAAACAAAAACCCUCAAUUUUGUUUACCUAAACAAACUGCAUUGCCGCUUGAGAAGCUCAAAUCCGGCAAACACAUCACCGGAAAAGUCAGAAUUCUCUCCAUCGAUGGCGGUGGCGCAACCAAUGGCCUUCUUGCUGCUAAAUCUCUCGUUCACCUUGAAUCAAAUCUUCAGCGAAAAUCUAACAACCCAAAUGCGAGAAUUGCUCAUUAUUUUGACGUUGUCGCCGGCUCCGGCGCCGGCGGUGUUCUCGCCGCUUUACUUUUUACUGCCGGAAAAGAUGGCAGGCCCAUGUAUUCUGCACAAGACGCUCUAAACUUCAUGGUAGAGAAUCACGGCAAAAUCUCGCGAUCAUCGCCGGAAGGGAUUUUCCGGCGGGUUUUCAGGUCAUCGGAGAGUGUGCUCGGCAAGACUUUCGGUGAUUUGAGUUUGAAGGACACUAUGAAGGCCUUUCUAGUGCCGUGUUAUGAUCUCAACUCCUGUGGGCCCUUUGUGUUUUCCCGCGCGGAUGCUUUGGAAAUGGACGGCUAUGAUUUCUCCAUCAAGGACAUGUGUGCCGCCACGUCAGCAGUACAAUCGGUCCGUGUGAAGUCGGUUGAUCGGAAAACGAAGAUUGCGGCGGUCGGCGGUGAGGUUGCUAUGAACAACCCCACCGCGGCGGCGAUCACGCAUGUUCUUAAUAAUAAGCAAGAGUUUCCGUUUUGUAAUGGGGUUGAUGAUUUGUUGGUUGUUUCUUUGGGCAAUGGUGAGUCUUUUUCCGGUGGAGUUGCCGGAAAUGCAACGCCAUUGCGAUCGGCGGUUGUUAGGAUCGCCGGAGAUGGAGUCGCCGACAUGGUUGAUCAAGCGGUAUCCAUGGCAUUUGCGGACUGUGGAACAAGUGACUAUGUCCGAAUUCAGGCGAAUGGCACGGUUGGGGCCAGUCAGGGUAGCUUAAAAGGUGACAAGAAAGGCUUGUUGUCGAGAGUAGAGGAGAUGUUGAGGAUGAAGAGCAUCGAAUCCGUGUUAUUUAAAGGAAAGAAAUUAGCCGAUGGUUCGAAUUUGGAUAAAUUAGAAUUAUUUUCCACCAAGUUGAUCAAGGAGGAAGAGAGAAGAAAGACGAGCAUCUUACCAGCCGUGGUGUUAAAACAGGCUGGAUCGCCGAGAACUUCGUCUGCAACUACUCUAUCAACAACAUCUUCUAAUUAAUUUAGCUGAAUUUGAUAUUAAAUUUAGUCGAGUUGAGUUAAAGUCGAGUUACAUUAUUACGAAACACAGCAGUACGUAUGAGGUUGUGAGUGGAUACAUUAUAGACGAAUAUGUAAUUGAUAGAUAUAUGGUUUUAUUGAAUUUGAAUCCGUUAUCUAGGUAUAAAAAUAUAUGUAUAGGUAGGAUUUAAAAGAGGUAAUUAAAGAAGAGGUAGAAGUUGGAGUGAUUACAGUUUCAUGUA